AUGUCUCUCUUAAAGCAGGCCCUUCGAACAGGCACAUACGAGCAACCUCCAUCAUACUCUUCGACCAUGACUUCUCUGCCUACGCGGUCGAACACGACUGCCACUAGUACCACGAUGGGUGGCAGUUCGGUGUCCAGCGGCGAUGGUCCUCAGGGUGACCCUUCUACCUCCAUCGGUCUCCUUCAGGAGCGUCUUCAAGCGUGGAAGCACACAUGCGGCUACCUGGAGGAGUACAUCAAGGAAGUCGCCAAAGUGCAAAAGACAUCAGCCAAAGAUCAAGACAAGAUUCUGAAGAGCCUGUCACACCCACUGAGAGAGGGCCAUCACUUCGACUCAGCUCUAGGAGGUAUCUCAGGUCUGUUUGAGAACCUGCGCGCCAAUACCCAAUCCCAAAGUAAUCUCUAUGUCGAGACCGAGAAGAACCUCCAUGGCCAGGUGCUGCCUAUUCUUGAACGCCUACACGCUGAAAUCAAGAGCAAGACCAAGGAGCUCGAGUCCGGGGCAGGAAAGGGGGCCAAGGCUGUGGAUGCCGCGAGGAAGGUCUCUCAAAAGUACAUCGAUGCUCUAGCUCAGAGUUCGGCGCGUUUUGAUUCUUCUCAUGGAAGGCUAGCUGCCGACGACGAUCCAUACGUCCUACAGCGCAACGUCAACCACCAUCUAAACAAGCAAGUCCUCGAGGAGAACAAUAACCGCCAGGACGUGAUUGCUGUACAGAACAGCUUUCAGCAGUUUGAAGCCCACGUCGUCACUACCCUUCAGACCGCGCUCAACUCCUUCAACCAAUUCAUGUCAGGCCAAGCCGACCGUCAGAAGGCCAUGUUUGGCGAUAUCGCCUCGACCGCCUCCAAUAUCCCUCUUGAUUUCGAGUGGAACGGCUUCCGUGAGCGCAGCAGCAAUGUUCUCGUCAAUCCAAAUGCCCCUCCUCGUUCCAUGGACAACAUCUCGUUCCCCAACCAGGGUCACCGAGCGACAAAACCUCUCAUCGAAGGUUCACUGGAGCGCAAGUCCCGCGGCGGGGUUGGUGCUCUUACCGGCUACAAGAGCGGCUACUAUGCCAUCACCCCUGCUGGGUGGCUGCAUCAGUUCAAGGACAAUGACGACUUCCACAAAGAACCCUCUCCAGAGAAGUCAAUUUAUCUCCCGGAUUCCACGAUCGGCGCGGUCGACGGUCAGAAAUUCACCAUCAAGGGUAAGGACUCUUCAGGCAAUAAGCUCUCACAGAAGAUGUCCAUCUCGUCUGAAUUCCAAUUCAAGGCUCACACCGGUGCCGACGCUGUCAAGUGGCAUGAAAUCAUUGCAGAUAUGUCUGCUGGACAGUCUACGUCCUUGCCAACCUCGCCUGUCGAGAGCAGAAAUAUUACACCCAUCGCGACUCAUACGGAAGCCCCUGCGUCCACAGUACCACCGGCUCAAGAAUCCGGCGUUGUUACCUCGCCUACCGAGUCAGGCAAGGCUGCCCAAGCCGCCCACGGAAGUCCGAUUGCCACUCAAGCAUCACCAGCACAAGCCGCACCAGCGCAAGGUCUAGCGGCACCUAAUCAGAACACGGGGCUCGCGAGAAGCUCCAGUGGUGCAGGCGAUGGCAAGCACUAUCACUCAGGACCUGCCACGAAUGAGCUGGGCGAGCGUGAGUAUGUGGCGAAGCAAUAG